UUCACCAGGGAGAAUGUGGAGCCGGGUGAACAGUCUGCUCUUCUGGGGCAUUCUUUCGUCCGUGACAUUUCAAAAAUCUGCACUGGACUGUGGGAUAAUGAAAUCAAACAAAUUCCCUUCUCCAACUUUGAACGCAGAAACCACAGUGGUCACAAAGGGUCAAAAUGUAUCUCUGUUUUGUUCCCACAAGAGCAAAUCACUGGAAAUCACCUAUUCGCUGUUUCUGAAUAAGACCCUUGUGGGUGACAAGACUGGGAAAGUGGACCGCAUGGUUUUUCACAGAAUCAUCUCAGACGCCAAGGACUUGGGCCCCUACAAAUGCAAGACGAGUGUUUUCAACUGUACCAAGAAUGCGACAUACAGUCAGGAGCUCAAGUUCACGGCUAUGAGGACACUUCCAGAAGAUUCUUGUCCCUUCUGCCUGCGGCUGCUGCUCCCAGGGUUACUGCUGCUGCUGUCCCUGGCCACGGUCCUAAUGCUGCUGCUUUGGAUUCGACGAAAACAGAAAGCAAGAAAAGCAGAGAGAGAGAAUGGGCUCGUGGACCACGAAACUACCCCCGAGGAAGCUGACAUAUACGUAAAUGUCUGUAAGCCUCCAGCAGGGACUGGACCUUCCCGGGAAAUACAUUACGCCACCCCCAACUUCCAUGCGCUGGAACCAGAAAGGCAAGAGGCCUAUGAUUAUUGUACAGCUGAGUAUAUCUAUCUAAAUACAAUGACGCAAAGAGCAGACACUUAGCCAAGCUCUCAAGAUACCCCACGUCAGUUCCAGGCUCUAGCUCCUGACUCCAGUUUCCUGCCAGUGUGGAUCCUGAGAGGCAGUGGUGAUGGCUCAAGUAAUUGGGUCCCUGCCACCCUCACGGGAGCCCUGACCCA